UUUGGAGAGUUGCAAUUUCAGGUCGCUGCGCUACAUGGGCAGAAAGCAUGGUCUUGGACGCUCUCUUGUUAAACAUAUGGGAUCAGAACUUUCUGAAAGAUCAGGGCGUCACGUAGUUCGAACAAACAGUGAUCGGGAUUGGUCUCGUCUACCUGUUCAUUCAGUCACAGAACAAACAGGUUUAGAUGAAUUCUUUAGUAUUGCCAACCUUGCCAAUCAUGAAUUCAAAGCUCAGAAAAAGAACAUCAGGUUUCUCACCCCAUCCGAAAUUAUAGGCAUACCAUCUCCCGCCGACCGCUCUAAAAUUUCAGAAGUCCAGAAUAUGUAUAAAGACUUUCUCAAAAUACCCAGAAGUUAAGUUAAUGUUUAUUUAUGUGUGUGUUGAGUGGGGUGUUUGUUUACCUUUUUAAUUCAUGUGAGCUGCUUUAAAAUCUACCUAAUUGGUUGCUGAUGUUUUUACUAGUUUCAGGUCUCAUAAAUUCUAUCUCGUUAGAUAAAGUUAACUUUGCCAAAGUAUUUCUCAUUACUGUUGGGGAAUAGUAGAAAUGAGUUGUUGACUUAAAAGAAUUCUGUUUGGUUUAGUCUUUAGAGGUUUAACUUUCUAUCGAUUUUGCUUUUGUAUGUUAAGGUAAGUAGACGCAAGAGACACACAUGUUUCUGAAUGCCUAAAGAUCACUAAUAAUGUGCAAUUGUUUCAUUAGGUAUGUUGCGUUGCAAGGAUAUUGGAGAAUAACUAAGUCGGUGGAUAAGCUUCCAUGAUUUGAUAUGUCACUUACUGGUAAAAAAAACUAUCCAGCAAAUUUAUUCUUCAUUCAUUUAGUAACCUAUUAAUAUUCAGAUCGUUUUGCAUAGGAUUAUUUCCAAAUAAAAGGGUUCCACCGUUUGAUUUUUAUUUGCUUCCUACAGACCUAAGUGGAGUCCAGAAAUGUCAGUUGAUACGUUGGAUAGUCUUGAAAAGGAAGAAUUCUUGAAAUGGAGACGGUCAUUGGCUUUGCUUGAAGAAAAAGACGGCAUCGUUCUUACUCCUUUUGAGCGGAAUUUGGAGUUCUGGCGUCAGCUGUGGCGUGUCGUGGAACGUAGCGACGUUGUUGUUCAGGUGGUCGAUGCUCGUCAACCUCUUUUAUAUUAUUCGAGUGAUUUAGAUAGUUAUGUUCAUGAAGUUGAUUCGAACAAGACAUCUGUGGUUCUUGUUAAUAAGUCUGACUUUCUCACAAAUCAACAAAGAGCUUUAUGGGCGGAGUAUUUUAGAACUAUUGGUAUUAACGCCAUAUUUUGGUCGGCUGUACUAGCCAGUGAACAGAUGCUAGGACAAAGUCCUACCAAUAUGACCCAACCUUGUGAUAUUUCAACCAAAAUAAUUAGUGGAACCAGUUUGGAAUCCGAGAGUAAUUCUGAGGAAAGUCAAACCGAGUCAGACACUGAUAGUGAGGCCAGUACAGUAACUGUUCAUGAAGAAACUAACGAGGAAAGCCCUAAGGUUGUCAGAUGCACUACACAGUUGCCGAAUAGACUGGAUUGUAAAAAAAGUGAUCCUUGUAAUAGUACAAUCAAUACAAAAGAAAUCAGUAAACCGAUUUCCGAGUUCUCUUCCAAUUCUGUUAGAUGCGAUGUUAUUGAUGCUGAAACAUCUGCUCAAUCCAAUAGACAAAAUGGUGAGGCGGGAGCUAAGGUUGUUGGAGUUGAGGAGCUAAUAAAUUUGUUAACCGAAAAAUUCAGUCCCUCCAGUCGUCAAUUAAAGGAUCCUUUGACAGUUGGCUUCAUUGGUUACCCAAACGUUGGGAAAUCUAGUACACUCAACGCGAUACUAGGUCAUAAAAAGGUUCCGGUGUCAGUUACACCUGGGAAAACCAAACAUUUCCAGACCAUUUAUGUCCGAUCAGACUUGAUACUUUGCGAUUGCCCGGGAUUGGUGAUGCCAUCUUUUGCUUACUCUAGAGCGGACUUAGUUGUAGCUGGCAUAUUAUCAAUCGAUGAGAUGCGUGAUUAUUUAGCUCCUGUUGGUUUAGUAAGUAAACUUUCCAUGUAUCAUACCAUAUUUAAAGAAUAUGUUUUCACACGGUUCUUAUGGUAGCUGUUAUAAUCUCUUUCUUACGGUUAUGACCCAUCUAUUCCUGUUGCUUAGUAUUCUCGGACACCGAUUCACUCGACAAGUCCCCAAAUCAGAACACGGUUGAACAGGAAAGAGAUUAUAUUCCAAAUAACAAAUUUAUAUGGAAGAAGCAAGUAAGUAAUAGGGAAAACGUUAGUAUAUUUAUAGUUUUCCACAUGAGAUUUCUACAGUGUUCACUAAGUAUUGCCUAACGCUGAUUAGACAAGAAUUAGCCAAUCAGCGUGCACCGAAACAAUCAUGCAUUGAGCAUGCUUUAAUCCACUCUAUGUCCCGCUAAUAGUAGCAUUAGAUUGUACUUUGAUAGAAUUCGAGAAAUGAGUUGCAUUUUAUUUUGAACUCAUUACGUAAAUGUUUUGAGAGCCCAGUGUUAGUAUUCCCUGUAGGAAUUCCAAGUAGUUCAGUCCUAGACAUCGAAAACGAACAGAAAAUAAAUAGCCCAGUAAAAUGGGGUCUGGUAAUGUUGUCUUUAGGGAUCAUGAAAUCGGAAUAAACCAUCUAGCUUAUAGGACUCAGCUUCACUAAAAGUGUCCUGUGAUACAAUUAUUAUCCGUCACUUGAAGACAUUCAAAUACUUAUAACUUGUAGUAUAAGCUGUUAGCUUGUUGGUUGAUCAUAUAAUAAUACAUACGGUUAUUAUAACUAUCAGUAAGUCUGUAAAGCUAAUUCUUCUGAGGUGGUCAGGAUGUGUCACUUAUUAUUGGCUUUCACAAAUGAGGCUGGUAUAGGAGUAGCUGCAGUAGAUCAGAAUUGAUGAGUUAAAGACAUCCUGUUUGUCUGUGAAACCUUUAAUUAACUGUUUAAGUUGGGUAGGGAAGUAUAAAUUUUUUACUUAUGCCGUGUUAGGUUACCGAAACUUGUGGUGGGCGGAUUUUCGUAACAUAACGUAGGUUACAGCAGCGUAAAAUUAGCCAAUGUUUGUCUCACUAAUAACAACGAUAUACUUUUAAUAUCUUGAGAUGGUGGAAAAGAUUUGUAGCUCAGGUGGAUGAUUUUGGUGGAGUUUUGUUCUCUGAGCUGGAUGGUUUGGUCGUGGAGCUUUCAUCGUUCUUCUGAACGACAUCAUCAGCACAAACUUCAGAUAGAUAGACUUUUAAUAUCCAAAUUAGUGGAAAGUUUAAUUUCCUAACGUCUAGUGACUCAUUGUAAGGCAUUUCUUCGGAGAAUAUGUAUAUCUUCUUUGCCGUAGUCAUUUUAUUAUUUCAAAACUUUUAUAUCAGGUUUCACCUUUUUUUCUAAUCCUUUAGUUAUUUGAUAUCAUCAUUAUUUUCACUCCUUUGACC